CUCUGCCAUGCAACUUAAAUUCAGAAUUGAUUCCCAAGUCCCAUAUGAGUUAUAAAUAGAUACGUAUUGGGAGCGUUACUGUCAGCAGCAGUAUGUAGUGGAAAAUAUUAUGAAGCUGUUAGUUUGCCUAUGUUAAUCAUUAAAAAGGAUUUGGAUACUAUUACAUUUUAGUUGCUUACUGUCAUAAUAAUAAUAUUAGAUGAAAAAGUUAUUACUGAAUAUCUUAUAAAAUACUGAACUCCAAUUACUGAUCUAUUAUUAGAUUUUGUAAAUUACAAGUGGUCGACGAUAUAUUAAUGCAUACAUUAUGUUCCCAAGUAGAUACAAGCAACCAAAAUCACUUGAAAGUCUGGCCCUGAUUCGGUUGGGAAACUGGAUAGCUCAGCAAGCAGAAGCACAAAUGGCUCCAACAACUUUACUUGCCCAGCAAAAUCCAAACCAAGCCCAUAUCGCUCUAGCUCAUAGAGUUGAUAGUAUUAGGCAAUAUUUAGACUUUCAUGUGCCUUGGAUGCUUCACGAUCUUUUUGCAAAUGAAGCCAUCAAGUCGCUCUCAGAAUUAUUAGAGAAAACAAAAAAUUCAAUGGGUUUCAGGGGUUCUAUGAGCAAAUUCGUCAGUCAAAUGAACGUAAUUGUUAAAAUGACAGAAGCACUAUUCACAAAAAAUUUCAUUUACGUUUCUAUAGACGCAAUUCCCAAAAUGAUGCGAUCCGUUUUCUAUUCAAAAUUAUUUAUGCUUACAGGUUUAGAAUAUUUGAAUUUAGGUUCACUUUCUGGGGGGUGGAAAACAGCCGACAUGGAAGACUCUAUCAUAAAAUCAUUAAAGGAACUACAUUCGCUCAAGUACCUUUUCAUAAAUUAUGACUGUACGGACAGAAUUUUAAAAUGCCUUGUUGAAAAUUGUAAAAACUUAUUAAAACUAGAUGUUUCGUGUUCUAAAUGUAUAACUAAUGAGAGUAUUGGUAUAAUAUGUAAAUUAAAAAGACUUAAGAGUAUACAAUUAUAUCACACAUUUGUAACGUGGGAAGGUUUCGUUAACCUUCUUAUAAAUUGCAGAAGCUUAGAGGAUAUAGGUAGGUGUGAUGAGAUUGGAAGAGUGUUGGAAUUCAUUCAUUUAAAUUGUCCAGAAGCACUACCCUUAAAACUUAAAAUAUUUGUUAGUCGAUAUGCCAAUAGCAAACAUUUAGAACUAGCAGUGGAAUCGUGUCCAGAAAUUCGCAACAUGACAGUAUUUCACAAUACCUUACAAAGUGACUUAAUCGUACUUAUAGGAUUAAAAAGUUUGUGUGAAUUAAAAUUAUUAUCUUGUGACUUUUAUGCAGAUCAAAUAAAGCAAGUGUUGCAAGUAAAGGGGUGUAACUUAUCAUAUUUACACCUUGAGCAUGUCGACCAAAUAGACUUAAAUGCUUUAAUGUAUAUAAGUCAAAUGUGUCCCCUUUUGCAAGUACUAACAUUUUAUAAUUGUUCCCUUAUACAGCAUACCUCAUUGUACACAAAAAAAUUAGAAAUUUUACCAUUUAGAAACUUGAAAAAAUUAACAUGCGUCUCGGCAUUUACCGACGAACAGUUAUCAUUUUUAUUGUCAAAUUGUCUAAAUAUAGAAUUCAUUCAAAUAGGUACUGCUGUACAAUUAACAGAUGAAUUUGUGUUUAAAAUAUUAGAAAAAAAUCCACUUAUUUAUCUGAGGGAAUUGCGUAUAAUGCAGUCCGAUUUUUUAACCAUUGCGUCCAUCGAAAGAAUUAUACAAAGUUGUAUGAGCUUGGAAAUUUUGGUUGAAUUAGAAAGUUGGUCUAUGUUGGCAGAUAGUGACCGUGAUUAUAUUAAAAAUUAUAUAAAAAUAAACAAUUUCAAUAUUGAUACAUCUCCUAUACGACGAUACGACACCUGAAUAGUUAAUAUUUUGUUAUUAUUAUAAAACAGUUUGUAUUAGUUAAGUAGAUUUAAUUUAUGAUUUUCUUAAAUGUGUAAUUUCCAACCAACAUCAUAUUUUUAUAAAAAUAAUAAAUCUAGAUCAGUAUCAUGUAUGUAGUGUAUGUAUAAUAUUAUAUAGAUAAAAGAGAAGUUGCACAUCCCGGCUCCGCCCGGGUAGUUAUUGUCGUAAUUAAUUAAGCAAUCAAGUUGGAUCAAACUGCAAGUGGUGUUCAUAUAAAUAAAACCCAUAAUGACUGUAUGGUAUACAUAGGUAAGUCAUGUGAUCAGUUUUAUAAAAUUUACUUGAAGGCCAAGGAUAUAAAAACUAAAUUUAUUAUUUUGAUAAAAAAAUUAAAUAAAUAUUGUACAUGAAAAA